UUUAACUAUAAUUAACUUCCCCUGCUGUUCGUGAUCGUGCAUUCGCAGGCCGCGUUACUUCUCUACGGUUGCUAUGGUUACUUCAUCGAUCUGUUGCAAACACCUGUACCUGUCAGGUUGAAUUUCGGCUGACAAUACAGCAUCCGUUACAGGCUGUGUAAAUACUCGUAUUGCCGGUUUACUCGCUAUACACAGCUCCUAUGCCACUGUUUAUAUGCUCCAGCGUACUCAUCAAAACAUCACCAACAUUUAGCGAAACAACGUAACUAAUCGAUAGUUUUCUUUAUCUUUCGUUUCGUUCAUUAACUCCACUGAUUGGUAGCUUUACAGGGUACAGUGCUGUGCGGCUUUUAACAUCACUAACACCGGGAAAACUUGUCUUCGUCUUUCGUUGAAAUCCAUUUAUCAUCUGUUUUCUCUUCACAAUCUUCUUCGACCGUUCGUUUGUAGCCGGUUCACCUCGAUGGAAUCGUAACAAGUGUGUCUACCAAUACCAUCAUGCACCGUGAAUGAUGUACGGAGAAGAUGACAAACGAGAUCGUCGACGAUCUUUACAAUUAGAAGCUUUUCGAUCGUCUUCACAGUCGUACUGCUAGUUCGCGGAGUGCUCAAAAAAUGAGAUGGGUUUGCUUGUUUUUGGUGACCGUUUUUGGUGUGCUUGCUUGUUUGCCAACUGGGAACGGAGCAAAAAUUUUACUUGUUUCGUCUUUUCCCGGCAUGAGCCAUUGGCUUAUGUUCGAGCACAUCGUACAAGAGCUGCUGAGGCGAGGUCACGAACUGACAGCCAUCACCAGCUAUCGGUUGCGAUCGGAGGGUAUCAAUCAUACGGCGCGAUAUCACGAGAUUCUUAUUGAUCCAGUGUACGACUUCGAAGCCAACGGGUUACCGAUGGAGGUGUUCUACAAGUCACAAUCGUUCGGUGAUCCAUUCUUCAAGAUGUCGAUUCUAUGGAAGCUGGGACUGGAGACGGCGGAACAUGCGUUUGAAAGUGCAAACGUGAAGAAGUUUUUAACAACCGAAGGACUUGCAUUUGAUCUUCUUAUUGCCGAGCAGUUUGUACAGGAAAGUUUCCUAAUGUUUGCCCACAAGUACCAAGUCCCGAUUGUCACUAUCAAUACUCUUGGACAUGCAGACUAUAUAGAUUGUGCGUUUGGGCUGAUAACUCCGUGGUCGUUUGUACCACACUUUAUGCUGCAGUACGACGAUCAAAUGUCCAUUACGGAGAGGGCCUACAAUGUGUUCCUAUCGGUGUGGGGUGCAUUUAACCGAAAGUUCCAUUAUCUACCGGAACAAACAAAGCUAGCAUUAAAGCAUUUUGGAUCGACCGCAGUGUUACCGUCCUUGGAGGAUCUCGAGAGAAACGUCAGUGUGGUGCUUGUGAACAACCACAUCAUCUCCUCGCGUCCCAGACCACGUAUCAACGGAAUGGUCGAUAUUGCCGGCGUUCACAUCCGGAAACCAAAACCACUUCCUUCCGUUGUACAGAAUUUCUUAGAUUCAUCGCGUAAUGGCGUCAUCUACAUCAACUUCGGCACAUUCCUAAGAAGCUCAGGAAUGCCACCAGAAACUCUUGAAGUCUUUUUGGACCUAUUCCGUACUCUGCCACUGUACAACUUCCUGUGGAAAUGGGAAGCGGACACUAUCCCGAAUUUACCCUCGAACGUGCUACUGCAGCGAUGGCUUCCACAAAAUGACGUCCUGGCGCAUCCGAACGUUAAGCUGUUUGUAUCACACGGCGGUAUUUUCGGUACACAAGAGUCCAUCUACUGGGCUCGUCCGAUCUUGUUCGUACCGUUCUAUGGCGAUCAGCAUGGUAAUGCACUAAAAUUUGAACGUGCCGGCAUUGGGCUGACGCUUCAGAUUAUCAACGUUACGGUGGAAGACUUCCGGUCGAAGAUUGAACGGAUUGUACAGGGCGAAGAGUUCCAGCGAGCCGUCAACCAAUUAUCGGCCAUAUUUCGUGAUAAUCCAACGGAUCCGCUCGAGGAGGCAGCAUUCUGGAUCGAGUACGUAGUACGACACCGAGGAGCAGCGCAUCUGAAGUCGGCUGCUGUGCAUAUGCCCUGGUAUCGGUAUCUGCUGCUAGACAUCUUGUCAUUGACCUUGCUGAUGGUUGUGGGUGUGGUCUGGUCGGUGAAGGCGCUGCUAAAGCGUGGUAUGGAGCUGAUAAAACCACACCGUGCAAUCAAAGUCAAAGUCAAGAGUGCCCCAAAACACAGAAAAAUCUUCCCAAAAAUUCUCCUUCCCUCUCACGACACGGGAGACGGCUGCCUCCCCAUCAAGUAUCCCACCCCGAAAGUGUUAACCUUCCGAGCUGUGGCAAACGAUCAUCAUCAGUGGACACGUGAAGUGAGCUUUUGUCUCUCGUUGUACGCGAUCAGUUUACGUUCGAAGCGUGUGUACGUUGCCAGGUGUACUAGGGACUCUAGGGAGGUGAAAUACGUACUCAAAUCGAAAAUGCAUUUGCGAGUACUGUCCUACAUCGUCGGUUGUGUAUUUGCAUUUACCGCCCUCUGUCCGCGUGCCGAAUGUGGUAAGAUACUGUUCCUGGUACCGUUCCCAGCACCAUCCCACUGGCUAUGGAUAGAACAUUUCGUAAAGGAACUGCUUUCCCGAGGGCACGAAGUAACGGCCAUCACUAACUUCGCCAUGAAGGACCCGCAUCGAAACUACACCGAAGUACUGAUCGAUCCUCCUUAUGACAUACCGUACUACUUUCCCGUGUCGGACAUUUACGAAUCGAAGUAUAACAGUGAUUUGAGCAACCUGUUUCUUUACUGGCGCGUAGGCCUAUCGACGACACAGUACGCACUGGAAGAUGAAAAUGUACAGCAGUUUAUCGAGCAGGAUGAUACCGACUUUGACGUGAUCAUCUCGGAGCAGUUCUACCAAGAGGCAUUCCUAAUGUUUGCCCACAAAUAUCGGGCACCGAUUGUGACACUCUGUACACUGGGUCACGCUAAUCAUAUCGAUCAAGCCAUGGGGCUUGUUACGCCAUGGUCAUUUGUACCGCAUCCGGUACUACUGCUGUCUGACGAUAUGACAUUCUCCCAGCGGUGUUACAACUUCUGGAUCUCCCUUGUUGAUCUGAUCAUACGUCAAUUCUAUUACAUCCCGCAGCAGAAUAAACUGGCCCAGAUACAUUUUGCACGGAUUGAAGGUCCGGAGCUGAUGCCUUCGAUUCAAGAUUUGGAAAAAUCCAUCUCCGUCAUAUUGGUAAACAGUCACCUGUCGACGUCUGCCCCACGUCCCACCAUUCCGGGUCUGGUGAAUGUGGCCGGGGCACACAUUAAGCCUGCUAAAGAGCUACCCGAGGACAUCAGGAAAUUUCUCGACGGUGCUAAGGAGGGCGUCAUAUUCUUCAGCCUCGGUUCGUACAUGAAGAGUGCGGACAUGCCGAAAGAUAAAAUGAAAGCAUUUCUGGAGGUGUUCCGCAAUCUGAAGCAGCGAGUGUUGUGGAAGUACGAAAACGAAGACAUUGCACGGUUGCCGAAAAACGUAAUGGUACGCAAAUGGUUACCGCAGAGUGACAUUCUCGCCCAUCCGAAGGUAGUGCUGUUCAUUACGCACGGUGGCAUGUUUGGCAGCCAGGAAGGUAUCUAUCGUGGUGUCCCGAUGCUCUACAUACCGUUCUACGGUGAUCAGCAUCGUAAUGCGCUGAAGGCGGAACAGGCCGGUUAUGCCUUAACGUUAAACUUUCCGGAGGUUAACGUCAUAACGCUCGGGUCACGCAUCAACGAGCUGCUCACGAAUCCAACGUUCAUGAAGCAGGCUAAGCGUGCGUCGGAUCUGUUCCGGGACAAUGUGGUACCGCCGAUGCAGGAAGCGAUGCACUGGAUCGAGUACGUGAUAAGGCACAAGGGUGCGAAGCAUCUGAAAACCAAUGCCAUCGAACUAUCCUGGGUGCAGUACCUGAUGCUUGAUGUGGUUGGUUUCGUUACACUAGGGUUCCUACUGCUGGCGGCCAUAUUUUACAAAGUGCUUGGCCUUUUCCUUACGCCACCAAAGCCGAAAACAAAACCAAAGACUCGUGACGCAAUGCUCGGGAUGAGAAAACCCAAAUUUAACUAAAGCUGCAUAUUUUUUACUCGAAAUAAAUGUUACCGCUACUGUAUACACACUGGAA